AUGGAGUCGUCUGACAAUUUACAUGAUAUAGAUAAUCUUGAAAACGGUAACAUGGCUUGCCAGUGCUUCUUGGUUGGAGCCGGAUACGUGGCUCUUGCAGCUGUGGCUUAUCGUCUUUUGACGAUUUUCUCGAAUAUUUUGGGCCCAUACGUUCUUCUGUCGCCAAUCGAUUUGAAGAAAAGAGCUGGAGCUUCUUGGGCUGUUGUCACCGGAGCCACUGACGGAAUCGGAAAAGCAUACGCCUUCGAAUUGGCUCGUCGUGGAUUCAAUGUCCUGCUCGUUUCGCGUACCCAAUCAAAACUCGAUGAGACGAAGAAGGAGAUUCUCGAGAAGUAUUCCAGCAUUGAGGUCCGCACUGCCGCCUUCGACUUCACCAACGCUGCUCCUUCUGCUUACAAAGAUCUUCUCGCCACCUUGAACCAAGUAGAGAUCGGAGUUCUUAUUAACAACGUUGGAAUGAGCUACGAAUAUCCAGAUGUACUUCACAAAGUUGACGGUGGAAUCGAGCGUCUUGCAAACAUCACCACCAUCAACACUCUUCCACCAACAUUGUUCUUAACUCAGCUCUCCGCCGGAAUCCUUCCACAAAUGGUCGCACGAAAGGCUGGAGUCAUUGUUAAUGUUGGAUCUUCAGCUGGAGCAAAUCAAAUGGCUCUCUGGGCUGUGUAUUCAGCUACAAAGAAGUAUGUCUCCUGGCUCACCGCUAUCCUCCGAAAAGAAUAUGAACAUCAAGGAAUCACUGUCCAAACUAUUGCUCCAAUGAUGGUCGCCACAAAGAUGUCAAAAGUCAAGAGAACUUCAUUCUUCACUCCAGACGGAGCCGUGUUCGCUAAAUCAGCUCUGAACACUGUUGGAAAUACCUCAGACACCACCGGAUACAUCACGCAUCAACUUCAACUCGAGCUCAUGGAUCUCAUUCCAACAUUCAUCCGCGACAAGAUCCUCACAAAUAUGAGUGUCGGAACUCGUGCUGCUGCUCUCAGAAAGAAGGAAAGAGAAGCCAAAUCUCAGUAAUUUCUCGACGUUAUUUUGUAGAAUCUAAAUCAGUCCAAUCCAUUCAAUUAUUGCUAUUUAUUUAUGUUAUAUAAAGUUUUUGUUUUUAC